GGUUAGUUGCUGGGUAACCGCGUCCGGGAGGAGCCGAUUCCAUUCUGCGAGGGCGCGGGGACCCACAACGUCGGGUGUCCCCAAAGAGCCCCUGAGACUGGGAAUUGAAGUGAAAGAGAAUCCAGAUUUCCCGUGCAUGAUUGAGGGGACGGACAAACUUCUUGUCCUCAGGCGGGGGAGCGUUUUGUAGGCGCUCCAAGUGUUGAGGUGCUUCCUGCUUCUUCGAAGAUGCCCCACAAACCACCGCCUCGUAGGCAGAGCGUUAAUGUGGGCAGAGGAACCAGGAAGAGAGAUGAAGAUUCAGGGACUGAAGUAGGGGAAGGGACAGAUGAAUGGGCCCAGUCCAAAGCCACAGUUAGACCCCCUGACCAGCUGGAUUUGACUGAUGCAGAGCUAAAGGAGGAGUUCACCCGGAUUCUGACAGCCAACAACCCACAUGCACCCCAGAACAUCGUCAGGUACAGCUUCAAAGAAGGCACAUAUAAGCUAAUCGGCUUUGUGGACCAACUGGCAGUUCACUUCAGCCAAGUCGGAAACCUGAUCCCCAAAGAUUCGGAUGAAGGAAGGCGACAGCACUACCUCCAUGAGUUAGCAGCAGGUUCUCAGGAGUCCGCCAAAGUGGUGAUUUCAGAAACAGAAAUCCUUGAAGAAGAAGAAGAGCCCAAGGAAGCUGAAGCUGGGAGUCAAACAGAUGUGCCUGCCGCUGAGGCACCUGAGAAAAUGGCCGAAGAAGAAUCGAUGACUCCUAAGCAGCCCAAGGAACGAAAGGUCACCAACAAGUUCAACUUCAGUGAGAGGGCCUCACAGACCUUCAACAACCCCCUCCGGGACCGAGAAUGCCAGAUGGAGCCUCCUCCCAGGACAAACUUUUCAGCCACAGCCAAUCAGUGGGAGAUCUAUGAUGCCUACAUAGAAGAGCUUGAGAAGCAGGAAAAGACUAAAGAGAAGGAGAAGACAAAGACCCCAGUGGCUAAAAAAGUGGGAAAGAUGGAGAUGAGGAAGAUGACAUCUAUGGAGUCCCAGAGUGAUGACAUCACCAAAGUGACCCAAGCUGCUAAAAUCGUGGAGCGGAUGGUCAACCAGAACACAUACGAUGAUGUUGCUCAAGAUUUUAAGUACUACGAGGAUGCCGCUGACGCAUACCGGGACCAGGAGGGUACGCUGCUGCCUCUCUGGAAGUUCCAAAAUGACAAAGCCAAGCGCCUGGCCGUCACCGCCCUCUGCUGGAAUCCAAAGUACAAUGAUCUGUUUGCAGUGGGACAUGGCUCCUAUGACUUCAUGAAGCAGAGCCGGGGCAUGCUGCUGUUCUACAGCAUGAAGAACCCCAGCUUCCCUGAAUACAUCUUCAGCAGUGAGAGCGGCAUCCUGUGUCUGGACGUGCACGUGGACCACCCCUACCUAGUGGUGGUGGGCCAUUACGACGGCAACGUGGCCAUUUACAACCUCAAGAAGCCCCACUCCCAGCCCUCCUUCCGCAGCUCAGCCAAGUCUGGCAAGCACACAGAACCCGUGUGGCAGGUCAAGUGGCAGAAGGAUGACAUGGACCACAACCUUAACUUCUUCUCUGUAUCAUCUGAUGGCAGGAUCGUGUCUUGGACGCUCGUGAAGAGCGAGCUGGUUCACACAGAUGUCAUCAAGCUGAAGGUGGAGAACAGCACGACCGAGGGUCUCGAGGGCUUGCAGAUACACACAGUGGGCUGUGGCACUGCCUUUGACUUCCACAAAGAGAUCGACUACCUGUUCCUAGUGGGCACAGAGGAGGGGAAAAUCUACAAGUGCUCCAAAUCCUACUCCAGCCAUUUCCUCAGCACCUAUGACGCCCACAGCAUGGCAGUGGAUGCUGUGUCCUGGAACCCCUACCACACCAAGGUCUUCAUGUCCUGCAGCUCCGACUGGACCGUGAAGAUCUGGGACCACACCAUCCAGACCCCGAUGUUCAUCUAUGACCUAAAUUCAGCCGUGGGCGACGUGGCCUGGGCCCCAUACUCUUCCACUGUGUUUGCAGCAGUCACCACCAAUGGGAAGACCCACGUGUUUGACUUGUCCAUCAACAAGUACGAGGCCAUAUGCAACCAGCCUGUGGUGGCCCAAAAGAAGAACAAGCUCACCCACGUGCAGUUCAACCCCAUCCACCCCAUCAUCAUUGUGGGCGAUGAUCGUGGGCACGUCACCUGCCUCAAGCUCUCACCCAAUUUGCGCAAGAUGCCGAAGGAAAAGAAGGGCCAGGAAGUGCAGAAGGGUCCAGCUGUGGAGAUCGCAAAACUGGACAAACUGCUGAACCUGGUGAGGGAAGUAAAACCCAAGACCUGAGGGCCUGGCCCCAGGGCCUGGCCCAUGUCUUGAACCCCAUACUUGUAGCACCUGACCCUGGUACCCCAGCCCAGUAUGUGUGUGACUGCACCCCUGAUCAGGUCCCAGCACCUGCCCUCACCACCCUGCUCCAGCCCUGGUCCCAGCACCUCACCCCAGGACUUGGCCCUCAACCACCAUUACCCCCUCCUACUUUGCGCAAAUAAACUUGUGUCUGGAA